AUGAAAGGCAAAAAAAUUGGUGUCAACGUGAGACACACUAGAAAAGAAGUGUAUCAGCAAGUGAGGAAUAGACGUGCAUUCAUGUGUUUGGUCUGCGCCUCCCUUAGCAUUCUAAUUAUUUAA